CAGCUGGUCUAGGAUGGCCCUGGCCAAGGCCUCCCUUCUCACCCUCUGGCUACUGGGCUUCGUGGCACUCCAGGCCCACACGUGUCCCAUCACCUGCCGCUGCUACAGCAUGACGGUGGAGUGUGGCUCUCUGGGCCUCAAAGAGCUGCCGGGCAGCAUCCCCCUCUCCACCCAGACCGUCUUCCUCCAGGACAACAGCAUCACGCAGAUCCACCAGCAAGACCUGGCCUCUCUCUCGGGCCUGCAGUACCUGUACAUGCAGAACAACACCAUUUCGGCCCUGGAGCCCGGCGCCUUCCGCAACCAGGGCCGGCUGCUGGAGCUGGCACUGAACGGCAACCGCAUCCACCUCAUCAACAGCAGCAUCUUCAAAGGUCUGGAGAACCUGCGCGUCCUCUAUCUGGCCGGGAACCAAAUCACCCGCCUGCCGGACUUCACCUUCUGCGACCUGGAGAGACUGCAGGAGCUUCACUUGCAGGAGAACAGCAUUGAGGCGCUGGAGGACCAGGCCCUGGCCGGACUGACCUCGCUGGCCUUGCUUGACCUCAGCAAGAACAACCUGCGCACCAUCAGUCGGAUGGCCCUGCGGCCCCUGAUCAGCCUGCAGGUGCUGCGGUUGACAGAUAACCCUUGGCGCUGCGACUGCUCUCUGCACUGGCUCAGCAGCUGGAUCAAGGAGGACGGGCAGCGACUGCUGAGUCCUCUGGACCGGAAGAUGGUGUGUGCUGAGCCCCCGCGGCUGGCCUACCAGAGCCUGAGGGAUAUCCCAGGCAACAGCUUGAUCUGCAUCCCACCCGUCGUGCAAGUGGAGCCCCUGGAGAUGACCGCCCACCUGGGAGAUGACCUGCGUGUCUCCUGCCAGGCUUCCGGCUACCCCCAGCCGCUGGUCACGUGGCGUAAGCUGGCGCACUGGCGAUCGGGGGGAUCCAGGGCCAACGGGGCCCGGCUGCCCGGCGGAACCUUUGAGCUGAGCGAGCGCAGCGUGGGGGAACGCUUUGAGCAGUCGGACACGGGCAGCGGGAUGCUCUUCCUGAAUAACGUGACGGUGGCGCAUGCGGGCAAGUACGAGUGCGAGGCUUCGAACCCCGGGGGCACGGCCCGCGUGCUCUUCCACCUCAUGGUCAACCUGUCCCAGCAGCAGCAGCUGCAGCAGCAGACGUCGCGGGGUUACCCGGCUACCUUGGACAUCAGCCAGGAGCCCCUCUACGACAUGGAGAGCAUGGACUUCAACGCUCUCGGCAUGGCCACCCAGACUGCCAUUGCGGUUGCCAUCUCCCUCCUGGCCUUGGUGGCCCUCUUCCUGGUGAUCAUGAUCUACCGGAAGCACCGCAAGCGGGAGAAGGCCAAGAAGGAGGAGAACAUCCUCUAUGUCAACGACUACUCUGACGGGCCCACCACCUUUGCCCAGCUGGAGGAGUACCGCGACGAGAGAGGCCAUGAGAUGUUCGUCAUCGAUCGCAACAAGCCCCUCUUCGCCACCUACAAGGACCCUCAAGGCCUGCUGGGGGUUUUCCCCGAACAGCUGCAAGACCAGGCCACCCAGACCCUGGAAGGGGAAGAGGAGGGGCCCCCGGAAGCCAACGAUCUUUUUGUCAACCAGGGACUGAUGUUCCAGCCUCAGAUUGCUUACGAAAUCCAUUGCUGAAUUCCGGGUGUGGACUCCGGGCAGACGCCAUGAAACCCUCGGGGAUGGGUACGCCGCCCCGAGGACCUGCUGUGACCUCCCUGAACUUUCACCUCCGUCCCGACCUUUCCAUUAGGUCUGCUUUCUCUGACUGGGGAGGAAACAUUGAAGAUGAUGAUGAUGAUAUUGGAUUUAUAUCCCGCCCUCCACUCCGAAUCUUAGAGCGGCUCACAAUCUCCUUUCCCUUCCUCUCCGACAACAGACACCCUGUGAGGUGGGUGGAGCUGAGAGAGCUCUUCAAGAAGCUGCCCUUUCAAGGACAGCUCUGCGGGAGCUAUGGGUGAUCCAAGGCCAUUCCAGCAGCUGCAAGUGGAGGAGUGGGGAAUCAAACCCGGUUCUCCCAGAGAAGUGUCCGCGCACUUAACCACUACACUAAACUGGCUUCGGAACCUUCCACUGCUGUUAGUGACCAAAGGGGAAAGAAAGGAUCUUUGAUGUUUUAGCAUCUCCCUCAUCUCGAGCAGGUUCUACCCUCUGAGCGCCCUUUCUGCCCCUUCAGAGGGGUCCAGCUACAUGCAAUAGGGAGCAAUUCAUAGCCCCCCAUCCCAGGGAAAAGCUCUUCUCUGGUGAAAGAAGGCCUUAUAGCCUAAUGGGCUAAUGGCCACGGAGAAACAACAAUUCCCUGCCCUUGGAAUUCAUCCCCAUUGACCUCUGCUGGCCUGCCAGCUAGAGUUGACUAAGAGUGUAAGUGGAACUGCACUGGCUGGAUCCGACCAAGGGAACUCGUAGAAGCCAGUGUCCCUGCUCCCGCAGUGACUGGCCAGACGCCCCUGGGAGACACCCACAGGCAGGGCAUUGCAAUUCACGACAUGCUGAAAACAUCCCCCAACCCAACUAGCCGCUAUCCUUCUCUGCAGAGAAAAGACAGGUUGAAAGAAAGCCAUUGGAGACCGGCGCUGGAAGAGGAGUCGGGGGGCUUUUUGGAAUGCACUGUGGAACUUUAAUUCCUCCCCUUUCUCUUGACCUUCUGGGAACACUGUGGAGACACCUGGGGGGGCUUUCUCAGGAGGGAGAACUCUCUCGCUGGAGGACGAAUGGGAAUUCCCCCUCCAUCUGAAAUUGUCUGUCUGGGUUUUGUUUGGGUUUCUAAAAGGGGGGAAAUGAUCACACGCUCAAGGAACUGAACUGCACCGCUGAAGUGGGCAAUCUAGGGCUGGUUUCUACCGGGGUGGGGGGCUGGUUAGGCAGCACCCAGGGGCUGCAAUCUGCUCAUAAUCAGCUGUCCCUCUUGUCUCCGCCCCCCCCCCUACACACACACACACACCUGGCUGGGGCAUCCUUCACUCUCCCACUUCUCAGUUUCCUGCAUACUCUUUCCAUGACAGCAGUGCUUGUGACUGGGAGUAUUGCUGCCAUGGCUACCAUGAAGCUGGGUACACGGGAGGGGGGUUUGAAGGGCAUGCAGACAGGUGGCAGGGAGAUAUGUCAAUGAGGGUCAGUGACCGUGGGCCCUGCCAGAACCUCUGGGGCCAUGGCAGUUGCCAUUUGCUGGCACUAGCUGUGGGUAGAACCUCUAUAAGAAGGGCCACCCAUCUCCACAGUCACACCUUCUGCUGGUGCUACACAAUAUGCUUUCAGGAGCCCGAAAGGCAAGAGAGAAACGAGGGAGCCUGCUGGGAGGGAAGAGGCAGCCAAGCAAAGCUGUUUCCAGCAAGCAAGGAGCCAAUAAAAUGUGGUUGGUGCUGGGGGCUGAA